AGUAGCAGAGCACAGAUACAAGAAAGAACUGAAAGUCCCUUCAGCAGACGCUUUGGACAUGAUCAAGUGACUGGCUGCAUUAAAGGUUCGUGGGAGAAGAGAGAAGACAAGAGGAGCACUUGGAAUAAUUGGAUUUAGGAAGAAUGAGCGCUGGGAAUGGCCAGUAUACUGUGUCAGGACUGGCAUACAUUUUAAGAGUGCUGCAUGGAAAGAGGGAAUAGUUGGGACUCUUGCAUUCCUGUUGCUGUAAAUAACUGAAGUGUAUGUAGUGGGCACAGGCAGGGAGGUUACAUUGACUGGAGCAGGGAUUACCUCCGGGACAUAGAGGUGAACAGAUUACCUCCAGGAUAAAGAGGUGAACGGAUUACCUGCGGAACAGAGAGGUGAACAACUUACCUCUAAAACAGAGGGGUGAAUAGAUUAUCUCCGGGUCAGAGAGGGGUGAACAGAUUACCUCCAGGACAGAAGGGUGAACGGAUUACCUUCUGGGACAGAGAGAUGAACAGAUUACCUUCCGGGUCAGAGAGGUAAACAUAUUACCUGUGGAACAGAGAGGUGAACGGAUUACCUGCAGAACAGAGAGGUGAACGGAUUAAUUUUGGGACAGAGUGGUGACCAGAUUACCUCUAGGACGGAGAGGUGAGCAGAUUAUUUCUGGGACGGAGAGGUGACCAGAUUAUCUCUGGAACAGAGAGGUGAACAGAUUACCUGCAGGACAGAGAGGAGGCACUGCACACUGAAAUCAUCUUUCAUUUGAGAAAUUGAAGCAGCAUGGAAGGCUUCAUGAUCCGAGUAUGGACUUUUGGGGCACUCUUUAUCACUCUCUGGUGUUUUGGAGCAGAAACAAAUUCUAACUGUAACACAGAGAAACACUAUGAGCAUGCCGCACGAUGCUGCCUAAAAUGCCAACCAGGAACAUACAUGACAAAAAGGUGUUCUUCCAGUGCAGAUACCGUUUGCAGUCCAUGUGGACCUAAUGAAUACAUGAGUGCCUGGAAUGACGAUUUGAAAUGUUCCCUUCAUACGGUGUGUGACUCAGGAAAAGCCUUGCAGGUGUUUAACAAUGGAAACAGCACCUAUCCCCGAGAAUGUAUGUGUACUGACGGAUACCAUUUUAAUACCAAUCAAGAAAUAUGCAUGGAAAAUACAAAAUGCCCUUUUGGAUUUGGUGUACAGAUCCCAGGUCAGCGGAAUAAAAAUACUGUAUGUGUACCAUGCCAAGAGAGAUAUUUUUCCAAUAUUUCCUCAUCAACAGAGCAGUGCCAACCCUGGGCAAACUGUUCCGCGUUGGGACUCCAAGAGAUUGUACCUGGCACCAAUAUCUCUGAUGCAGUUUGUGAUCAUCUCAUCAUCGAAAAUACUCAUGCACGAAUGAUUAUCCUUAUCACUGUUUUAAUUGUAUUCCUGGCUGUGAUUUUAUUCGUCAGUGUUUUCUGUUGUAUGAAGAAAUAUAGUACCUUAAAAGCAUCUAUGCAAGGAUGGAUACAAGAACCCUUUGACAAGUUAUGUGGUUCAGAGAAAAAAGCACAGUACAGGGAAGUGAAUACUAUUGAAUGUGGGUACAUUAUAAAAAAUGCAACUGUAGUGAAAAAUAAUCAUUCUGACCACUUCAAAGAAAUACAGACCCCAAGAGGUAGACUGGUCCCAACGGAAGAUGAAUACAUGGACCAUAGAAGAUCACUUGAGCCUGAAAAUGGAAACAUGGUUGCUGGCUUGGAGUCUUCAUCAGACCUGGAGAGUGGCUCUAUGGGAACCUUCCAUGCUUACUCAGACACUAGCUCAGAUAGAUUACUCUCUUCCAAUGAAGAGGUCAUUAUUCAACCAUGUCCAGAAUGUCAGUGUGAUCAGUCUGCCAAAGAGACUCCUAGGUACCGGAGAGAGGAACACUGCAUCCCAGAUCCAGUCGACAGCAGCUAUGGUCAACAUAGUUCUCGUCAUGAGUUCUAUAUAUACCCAGAGGCAUCUUACCAUAUACCAGAGAAAAACACUGACAAGGAACCAUGUUCCUGCUUCACCAAUGCUCAUUGCACCCGAAGCAGCAGUAGAAGUAGCACUGACAACAUGUCGUUUCCAGAGACACCACCAACGCCAUCAGGAAAUGUGACUGGAAACCACAACACAACGGUUAUUUCAAGCGCCCCAGUAAUGAACAUUAAAACAGAUAUGCAAAAUAAAUUACUAAUGGAUGCUAUUUGCCUUUUUCUCAACUCAGGAAAUGUGACUGGAAACCACAACACAACGGUUAUUUCAAGCGCCCCAGUAAUGAACAUUAAAACAGAUAUGGUAGUAGUAUAUUAUAGGGGAAGCUCCCAGGAUGCACACAUACCUUGUGAAAGUGAACAAAACAUUAAGCGGCCGAUGCAAGAAGAGAGGCAGGACCACUGUGACAGCUUUGUGGCAAAUACCCCACCGUACAAAUACGAUGACAUUCCCUGCUGCUCAGUGCCAGAUACAGACUGUACAGAAGCUGAUGGCCCCUUGAGAGACUCCAACUGUUCGGUCAUGUCCAAUCAGGACAAUAUUAUGUUCUGUCAAAAUACAGACUAUCUACCUGUACAAGAAGAAGGAAAGCCAGAAUUUUACCACUAA